GAUGAGAGGAGGAAGAGGAGGAGGAGGAGGAGGCUUCUUAAGGUGUCUCCUCAAGACGCGAGCCUCACUUGUUUGCCCGCUCGCUCACUUCUCCAGCUUUCCCGACCUUCCCCGCGUCCAGCAGCACCGCGCGUGGUAGCAUCCCCUGCCUGCAGCCAUGUGCGACGACGAGGAGAGCACCGCCCUGGUGUGCGACAACGGAUCGGGACUUUGCAAAGCUGGAUUUGCCGGAGAUGACGCGCCCAGGGCCGUCUUCCCGUCCAUCGUGGGCCGGCCCAGGCACCAGGGGGUGAUGGUGGGCAUGGGCCAGAAGGACAGCUACGUCGGUGACGAGGCUCAGAGCAAGCGUGGAAUCCUCACCCUCAAGUAUCCCAUCGAGCACGGAAUCAUCACCAACUGGGACGACAUGGAGAAGAUCUGGCAUCACUCUUUUUACAACGAGCUGCGAGUGGCCCCCGAAGAGCAUCCCACCCUCCUGACCGAAGCGCCGCUCAAUCCCAAGGCCAACAGGGAGAAGAUGACACAGGUGACCCGGAAACCGGUGGCCGCUGAUUUCUCUCGCUGGCGCUCUCACGCACGUGACCUCGCUCUUUUCCUGCUCUCAGGCAUCGUUUUGGAUUCUGGGGACGGCGUGACCCACAACGUUCCCAUCUAUGAAGGUUACGCUUUGCCUCACGCCAUCAUGAGGUUGGACCUGGCUGGACGUGACCUCACCGACUACCUCAUGAAGAUCCUGACCGAGCGCGGCUACAGCUUUGUCACCACGGCCGAGCGUGAGAUCGUGCGCGACAUCAAGGAGAAGUUGUGCUACGUGGCUCUGGACUUCGAGAACGAGAUGGGGACGGCGGCCACGUCGUCCUCGCUGGAGAAGAGUUACGAGCUCCCCGACGGCCAGGUCAUCACCAUCGGUAACGAACGCUUCCGAUGCCCCGAGACUUUGUUCCAACCGUCCUUCAUCGGCAUGGAGUCGGCCGGGAUCCACGAGACCACUUACAACAGCAUCAUGAAGUGCGACAUCGACAUCCGCAAGGACCUCUAUGCCAACAACGUGCUGUCGGGGGGCACCACCAUGUACCCCGGCAUCGCCGACCGCAUGCAGAAGGAGAUCACCGCCCUGGCACCCAGCACCAUGAAGAUCAAGAUCAUCGCCCCCCCGGAGAGGAAGUACUCGGUUUGGAUCGGCGGCUCCAUCCUGGCGUCGCUGUCCACCUUCCAGCAGAUGUGGAUCAGCAAGCAGGAGUAUGAUGAGGCCGGCCCGUCCAUCGUCCACCGAAAGUGCUUCUAGAUGGUUCGGGCAGGACCGGCCCCGCCCAACGCCCGCCUCCGGAAGCGCCCCUCACCAGCUUGCAGGCUCGACCCCCCCUACAAGCCCCACCUCCAUCUUGGUGUCCUUCUUGUCCUUUGGUGUUUGUUUGGUUUUUAUUUUAAUUGUAAUUUUUUUUUUUUUUUUUUUUUUUACAUUUUGGAUGAAAUAAAGCUUGAACGCCACCAAUGAUGUCAUAGCCGGGUCGUGGCCUCCAGAUGAAAAAAAAAAGCAAAUAAAAAGCAUACCACAAACCUUUU